CACAUCCUACAUGUACAUAUCGGCAGCAUUUUCCUUGCGAUAGUAACUCCUAGUUAUAAUUGAUAAGCAGGUGGUGGUAAGAUAAGAAUUGUCAUACGAAGGAAAUGGCGAGAAUGUCCCUAGGGUGCGGAAUGAUCAAGCAGAUGGCUGAAAAGGGGGUCAUUUAUAGUACAUACUUUCAUGCGGUUCACAUCAGUCGCAUUCAGUCUAUACAGCCAAAUGAACACCACCUUGUGAAGAUAUUUAACAGUUAUUCUACGAACUCGAGUCGAAUAUGAGCUGAUAGACGAUGAGGCGCGUAGCGCCGAAUCGGCUAUCGCUCAUAUUCGACGAGAGUGAGUGGAAUAACUGUUUUAUUAUAUACACAAGGUCUGAAUUCACAGACUUUGCUUUUCGGAUAUUUUCAAUAUUUUUCUAUUUUGUUUAUGUUUUUAUCUUCGCUCUUUCGGCUGAUUUAAAUUUUAAAAAUUUAUUUGCUAACCUGAAAACAAAUUGUGGGAGUUUUUUCGUUGUGUUUUUAAUCCUGUAAAGGUUAUAAAAAGCGACAACUUGCCGUUUUCUCGUUUGCAAAACAUCGUAAAUUCAGUUUGGCCGCCAUUUUGUUUUUCUCUACUAGCAGGAUAUGAGCUAAUAUCCUGCUAGUAGAGAACCAAUCAGAUUGCAGAAUACCUCAUAUCCAGACCUUGUGUAUAUAAUAACAAAAUUUAUUAAUCACCCACCUCCUCCCCAUGUCUGCAUCUGUCAUUAUUGUUAAUGUUUAUUGCCUAUUUUGUAAGUAAUGGCGUAAUUUUGCCCUCACCUUUCCUGGGCAGAACUGUUUAAGAACAUUUUAAUGCGAUAUAUUAUAUGAAUCCUAAUCUUUGAAAGUUAAAUAUUAAUAAAGCGGCUGGGGGGGAUCGUUAACGCCCAGCCAGAUAAACCCAACUACGUGUUGAAUGUCUUGUUUUGUGUCCAUUAUUAAUACUUUGCCCAGCAAACAGAGCGCAGGAAAUGCAACACUCAAGUCUAAAUGCCAGGAAAAUACUGUCUUUAAUUAAUCUUUAAUAUUCGCUAGUUCAGAAGGAAGGCAUAAAUUAACUUUUGUAGAAGUUCAUGAUAAAAAGGAAAGCAAAUUAUUUUCAUUAGCGUCCUGUACGAAUUAAAUUUAUUUCAUUUCAAAGUGCGAGUAAUCGGCAAAAAGCAGUUAAUUGCAAUUCACAUUUAAAAAGGUUUUAUGUAGAGUUUCGUUUGAAUUUUACAUUAAAAUAAAGCCCAUAGCAAACAAAAUAAUAUACCUACUUUAUCUAUUUUAUAAAUUGAUAGUUCUGUAUUUAAAAGUGUUCAAGUUUCAUCUAUUUUUGCAGGUUUGUACAAAAAAUUACAAAAAAACAAUUAUCGUAAUAUCGUGUUGCCAUGAAUAACAUGACGUAAGCAACGCGAGCCUGCGUUGAGUGUCAGCAUAAUUACGAAUACUUCAUGUUGAAACAAUGUCUGGAAAAUAUUGGCGAGGCCGCGAGGGGUUGUUGUAUGAACUGAUACAGCUAUCCAAUACAAACAAAUUUAGUUUAUACUUCUUUUUUAAAUUAUUUUAGUCAAACCAAGAACGUCUUGCAAAAUGUAUUUUUUGAAGCGUGUGUACCGUACUUUAUGAAAGCAACGGUUGAAAACCUUGGUGAAAGUGGACUAUCGCUGACUGCUGUUCUUUAUAAUACGUCUUCCCAACAAACAAAUUUUGAGGAGAGUCUCUUUUGGAUUUUGCCAGGUACCUGUAAAAUGACCUUUUGGGUUAAACUUGGUAUAACAAUAGUGCCAUCCGGUUACGACAUGGUGAUCGGAAUGUUUCAUUGUCUUUUCAGGAGAAUUACAAGUGGAUCUCACCUUUGAAAAUCAGGGUGUACUUCAGACCACCGUUAGUGCUUCAACUAUAAUUACAGGUUUGAGAUUUAAUCGAUAAAGUGAAACUGAACCAUAAACUUGUGCUGAAUAGCUUUAUCCGUUCUAAGCUGUUCUUCCUAGAAGUCCAGUAAAGCCUGGUUCACAUAUGCCUGCGGUAUGCCUGCGCUAUCAUUGUUUAUAUACAGCUGUUGAUUCAUACAUUCUUCUGUGAAUUAUUUGGUUGAACUGCUAACGACAAUAGCCCGCCGACAUACCGCCGGUAUACAGCUAUUUCAAUUAAGGUUGUCCGGCCGAGCAAAGCGGAAAAGUCGAAUACGAGCGCGAAAGGCUGCUGGGAAUCGCUAAUAAAUUCAUUCAUUUAUUAGCGAUUCCCAGCAGGCUUUCACGCUCAUAUUCGACUUUUCCGCUUUGCUCGGGGGACAACCUUAAUUGAAAUAGCUGUAUGUGAACCAGGUUUAAGAGUUAUUUAAAUAAGUAAAAACUAAAGAGCAUCUUGAGAAACCUGUUUGGACGUACUUGGCUCAAUAUAAAUGAGGCAAUAAACUUAUUUCCAUAUUGUUUUCUGAUACAUGUAGGUGGAUUCCAAACCCGUUGUCUUGGAUUUUAUUGUGGUUACUGUCCUCUUGCUAUCUUCAUGAUUUUUGCCAAUUAUAUUCAGUGUAAACUGCUGGCCAAUCAGACUGCUCUAAAUACUGGUACAAUCAAAAUAGAGCUGACUGACUGGGUUCUCCAUCCAGGGUACUACGAAGUUAAGGUGCAUGUGAAAAAUUUCCUACUUCAUGUUAACUAACUUUAAACUAAAUCAGUCUAAUCUGUUCUUAUUAUAAUGUCUAUGCCAUUAGCACCUGUGAAAAAAGUUCUUUGUUUAGCACUAUACAGUACAGGGUGUAUAAAAAAAAGGAAAGGAGACCUUUAGAAUUCAAGCAUAUUGUUUAAAUUGGAAUACCUUUUCAAUUGCACAUAUGCUGAACCGUAGUGCGUGAAAUAUUGAUGGGGUGCAUAUAUUAGAAAACGGAGACCUUUAGAAAUUGAACGGUUCAGCAUAUGUGCAAUUGAAAAGGCAUUCAAAUUUUAACAAUAUGCUUGAUUUCUAAAGGUCUCCUUUUUUUAUACACCCUGUAUAUUUUCCUAGAUGAGCUAUCGUAGAAAAGGAAACUGUGCAGAAAUUAUGGGGCUGACUAGCCAUGACGUUUUUCCUGAAUCGGAGUUAUUGAUCGUUGGUGGAGUGCGCGUGAAUCGUAAGUGAAGAAGUUGUUCAUAGUUGUAGCAAUCUUGUACUCUCUUAUAUAAGUUUUGACGAUCCUGAAGUUCACCACAAUCUGUACGACGCUUUUUGCUCAAAAGUGCUGUUUGAAUGCAAGAAAUGUUAUUUCGUAUAGAGACAACAUCAAUAAUUCAAGAAUUUUCCGGGGGUAGGGGUUUGGUGGAGUUCUCUCCUACUAAAACAUUUUCACGGAAAAGUGCUUUAUAUAUCCCUUUUUGAUAUAUAACUGACAAAAUUCGAUUAUGUUUCCUUCACAGCUGUUGUUGUGGUACAUUGUUUAUUUGGUGAUAAAAUGUGUGGUGGUAGUUUUAGUGGUACUGUGACUGAUGAAGGAUGGACUAGAGCAAAUAUUUCUCAAGACGUUUCAGGUAAGGUAAAGGCCGAUUUACACUGCAUCAUUUUUGCUAAUUUUAUUAAUGAUUGUUAUUUGAUGUUAAAUAUUUUUCUAGAUUCUGGUUUUGAAAGUUCUCCACAUAAUUCCACGUCUUUGUUCUCGUUUGGCUGGGUGCAGAACACCACUGUCACAAGUGUCACAGGGUUAUGUGUCAUGUUUAACUACAAAAUGUCCAAUUCAUGGGAAACAAAGCUUUCUCUCUCUACACAAUCAGCAUCAGGCACUCGCUACGAAGUGUGGAGCUUGUUUGGUGUUCAUGGCAGAAAAUGGAACACGGCGUGGGUGCACUUGUCUAUUGACGAAAUGUUCAAAGUAUGUUGUUCGAAGAAUAGUUUUGUAAAUGGAAAUUGUGAGUGGUAUUUUAAUUAAUUCAGACCUAACCAGGAGCAGUUGCGAAAAAUGUAACUGUAGGUGGUAAGAAUCAAAGCUGCGGCCCUGCAAUUCCGGUUCUACAUAAUUAUUCAAAGUUUGUUGUUUUAGUUUGUUUUCGAAGUAACUUCAUUCAAGACAAAUGAAACUGUAUUGAUAUCGGAUGUGAAAAUCACAACAGAGAAUUGUUCAAGCAAGAUUAAUCCUUACUACGCUCAAAUUGGUAUGUAUGUUUUAUAUGCCGUCUCUAUAAUAUGGUCCACUGAUUGGAAUGUUCCAUAAUCUUUUCAUUGUUCCAAAAAUCCCACUGUUCUCCAUGCCAUUCAGUCACGAGUUGUUUUGGCAUGUUUUAUUUUAUAGGUCAUUCAUGUACUGCUAGCCAAUUCAGUUGUCUGAACCGUGAAUGUUUGAAGUCCAGCCAACGAUGUGAUAGAGAAACUCACUGCUCAGAUGGCAGCGAUGAAAUGGAUUGUGACUGUAUUCUUGGAGAGUUUAGUUGUGUGUCAAGCAAAGAAUGUAUUGCAUUAAGCAAUGCGUGCGAUGGAAUGCACCACUGUCCUGAUGGCUCUGAUGAAAGGAAUUGCAGUAAGUGGGUUACAUAAUUAGCUGGAUAGCUCUAUCAGUUCUAAACUGUUGUUCCUAAAGGUCCAGUAAGAGUUCUCUCUUGUUGCUCCAACAUCAGUGCUGUAGAAAUGGGGGGGGCGCUUGGGGGCGGAGCCCCUUCUUCAAGCUCGGGGGGGGGCUGAGCCCUCCUUCGAUAAUUUAUUAAGAACACUAUUAAACAAAACUUGUCACUUGUUCAUGAAGUAGAAUCAAAAUUACUAAAAUGGCAUCCUUAAUAAAUCAAUACCUUAUCUUGUUUCAAUGUUUGAUAUAAUUAUGCAUUCAUGCUCUGUAUUUUCCAAACGGAAUGACUUAGGUUAAUACUUACUGACAUUAAACCUAGGUUUCAUCGAUUGAUAAUGAAGAAAUAAGACAUAACAAUUUAUUAUUGCUAUUGCCUAUUAGGGGUGGAUAAUGAUUAAUUGCGUUAUUUUUAUAAGUUAGUAUUACUGUGUUAGAAUGCUAGUAGUCUAGUAGUAAACUAAUAGUAUACAUAAUGUUAUCGUUACUCUUUUGAAAAUCAUGCGGACUCAUUUCCUCGCAGUCUUUAAUUUUUUAAUCCGCCGACCCCUAGCGUCACGUAUAUCGGUAUGUGUGUGUCUAUAUUGUCGGCAUUAAGGUCCUAUUUAACUGGUGGUUGUGAAGUAUGAGACUUGAUAUGAGUUAUAAUCUAUGACUAACUAUGAGUCAUCUCAGUCAUUAGUUGUGAACAUCUAUGACGUCAUACGAUGACGUCACACAUUUUUUUACGAUUUCACUGCUUCACCCUCGUCAAGAGAGCCCCCCUCUGGUAAAUUUAGUUGUACAGCACUGUCCAGUAUUACUACAGAAAGAAACCUAAACUACUAAACUAGUAUAACUUUAUUUAUACUGAAUAGCUCUAUCAGUUCUAAACUGUUCUCCCUAGAGAUUCAGUAAAGGCCUUCCCCAAAUAGAACUAACUUUAUUCUUAUUAAAUAGUUUAUUAAUUUUCCAAUUAGAUUUCUGCGCAAGAGAGGAGUUUUAUUGCCCAAGUGGAAAGUGUGUGUCAUGGGACUCUACUUGCAAUGAUAUAUGGGAUUGCGUGGAUGGUUCUGAUGAACCCAACGUUUGUAAACCGUCAAAAUCCGGACUGACUGGUGUGCAACCUGUUUCAAUGAUAAUCGAAAUAUAGUUAGAUAGUAAUAGACCUAAUAUCACCGUAUUUAUACCCGUUGUCACGAAAUUCACUAACGUAUAUAAUUACCUUUGUUCCAUUCUUAUGCUUACAUUAUCAAAACAAUGGUAACUAGUCAUGUGAGUCAACUCACUCACAUAUAUAAUUGAAAUAUUUGGUUAGCUUUGUUUAAUUUCUAUGUUUACAUGAUCAGAACCGUGAUAACUAGGCAAGUGAGAUAUCUGAAAAUGUAAGUUGGUUAGAUUUAUUGUUUAAUUAAUUUCAAUCUUAGCGAACAAGACAUGCAGUUUGAAUAAUCCUGGAUGUCUGUACGAACAAAUAAAUGGAAACGACUGCAGUUACUAUCAAAGUAAGCAACAUGACAUAUUUGUUUAGAAGCGGCAUUUGUUGUUGCAUCUAAGUUGACAUAUUCGGCAACCACGAAAAAUACAACAUGUAACGCCAGGGAAUACAUGCAUGUGUAUCAAUACAGCAUUCGAUAAACUAUCAGGAAAUAUCAGGCAUGAUCGUUAUUCGUAAAACCAUUAUGCCAAUAUAGAUCACGUUAUUCUAGCUACAGUAGAUAGCCGUUAUUCUAGAUUGUGUUAACACAGAUGGACCGUUAAAUUCGUGAUGCUUGACAUUGCUUGUUCAAUAUUUCCUCACAGAAUGUGACUUUGACAAUAACUGGUGUGGUUGGAGCAAUGUAGGUUCAGGUGACACAUUUGAUUGGAUAGCCAAUCAGGGAGCGACUCCUUCAGAAGGCACUGGACCGGAAGUCGAUCAUACCACUACAUCUUCAAGAGGUAGUUAAUUAUGGUAUUUUAUAUAUAACGUCACCAUUCAGGCUUUAGCCCAAGCUAAACUUUACUAAACUAAACUAAACUAGCAAAUUUAUUAAUACUGGAUAGCUCUAUCAGUUCUACACUGUUCUCCCUAGUAAAGGUUAGCCCUUUAAUAUUACAGUAGUUCAGUUAAUUUCAUCUCAUUUCCACAGGGAGCAGAGGAGUUGAGUUUGUCUGGUAAAACAAGACAAACACCGCCAUACCUCGUUAAUUGUAACAUAUGUCAUUGUAGAAUCCAUAAAAGUCCAAUUGUGCACUAAAAAUGCAUAUUUUAUAAUUUAUGGUCUGUUGAAAUUGUCGUGAAACCAUAACAUUGUAUACCCGUACUUCAUGUAACAUGAACACCAAUGGAAUAUGCUCCGCUGUUGUAGAUUAUUGUGGGCUCACAUUUUGCUAAAUUUAGGCUGACAAUCACUACAAUACAUGGGAAACAAAGAAAGGGAGGAAACAGUAAUUGGAGUAAUAUCUUAGGAUAGCUGUAACUUGCUCAAUAUUUUAUAAAAGAACAUAAUUUUUUGUAUACAAUCUGGAAAUUAUCUGUUCUUACUCGUUUAACUUAGAAUGACGACCGAUAUUCAUCGAUUAAUUUCGUACGAUAUGCACCGAAGCACCCUUUGGCGGAAUUAAGUGACGUAUUGUUUCGUGCUGAUGCAUGAUUGAUCCAAAUUUGAAUUGUUUCGAUUAUGAAAAACCAACAUCAAGACUAAUAUGAAAAUUCCAUAAAAAUAUAUGAACAAAAUAAGACGAUUGGUAAACGGUUAAAUGUACUGAGGAUUGCUGAAUGAACAGGAGGCGCGAAACCGGGGGCCAAUGGGGGCAUGUGCCCGCGUCCCCAACUUUUUUUAAAAGUAAAAAAGUGCCCUUUUUCUGGGCUAAAGUGCCCCAUUUACAGCACGAAGAAAGUAUUUCCCGAAAAAACGUCCUCUUUUGCUGGAAAAAAGUGCCCUUUUUCCAGUAGUAAAGACUCUGUAAAGGCCAUUUCCGACGUUAUAGAAACUCCAUAUAACAUUUUUUGUUCGGCUCGUGAAUGACAUAAAAUUGUUUGAUUCUCGUCACAUACAAAAGUGCCCCUUUUGGCCAAUGCCCUCCACUUUCGAAAUGUCUCCGCGGGCGAAGUUAAAUACAAAAAUGUUUGUCUUUGUAUUUAACAAGGACAGAGACAAAGAAUUUUGUCUCUAAUAAGUUCUUUGUAUGUUUGCAUGGCGAUAAAACAUAUAAUAAUUUUGUUUGUGGAAACAUCACGUAAAUUUAUUACUGCAAAGUUUUCGAUCCGUAAGCCCGGAUCUUCAUCAGUGCUAAUCCUUGACUUCAACGAUAUUCAUCGCAAGUCAUUUUAAAUUAAAUUCAUUUUUGUUUCAAAUAAUAUUUUACAUUUUCAAACAAUAUUUUACAUUUUCAAAUAAUAUUUUACAUUAAGAGUUGUUUAUAGCUUGCGUGAAUUUGAAAUUCAAUAUUCGAUAAAUAAUUACAACUGUCAAAUGAGAUUAUAGGUCAUAGGUCAAUGCGUCUUCUGGUUUUGUUCACUUUCGCCAUAGGGCGUUGCGCUGAACAUGCGACAAAACAUCUGCAGUGUUUCCUCCCUUUCUUCGUUUCUUAUUCGUUGCCUUCUCGGCCAGUUUUUGUUGGCUUUUCGGAAAAUACGAGUCCACGGUAAUGCAAAGCAGCGAAGCAAAUUGAUAUUGAAAUUCAUAUUUUGGUAAAUAGUUUGGUUUAUAUUCGAUCAUUUUGAUGAAUAAAAUAUGCAUUUCUAAUGCACACAUUGGAUUUAUGGAUUCUACAAUGAAAUAUAUUACAAAUAAAAUAUACAACAAACGGUGUUUGUCUGGUUUUACUAGACAAACUCCGAAACUCGACUCCUCUGCUCCCAGCGUCAUUUCAGAAUAGUUGCGAGGGAAGAACCCGUUGCGAGGGAUGAAUCGUAAUCUAAUAAUAAAUAUCAAUGCCCAGCAUAAUGUGCGUAUAAUAAUAGCCAUAACAAUGAGAAAUUUUCAUAAAUUUAAUUACUUACAGAACUAACGUUUCGUCUUACACUAAGACAUCUUCAGAGUAAAAAAUGAUAUAAAAUUACAAAGUUAUAUAUGCAUGAAAAAUUACAGAGUUUAGAAUUACAAGUAUAAUCUAAGGAAGAAAGGAAGCAGAAGUACAUAGGGUAUAGAAAGAGGGACAUACAAGGCAGUUCAUUCGUAUUCCCCCUUCUUCUACUACAAUCCCCUUUUGAUAGGGUAACGUACAAGGCAGUUCAGUCCCCCUUCUUCUACUCCAAUCCCUUUUCUAUACCCUAUGUACUUCCGCACCCUUUCUUCCUUAGAUUGUACUUGUAAUUCUAUGCUCUGUAAUUAAUUGUAAUUUAUUCAUGAAUAUACAACUUUGUAAUUUUAUAUCAUUCUUUACUCUGAAGAUGUCUUAAGUACAAGCGUUAGUUCUGUAAAUAAUUAAAUUUAUGAAAAUUUCUCUUUGUUAUGUCUAAUUUAUUAUUAGACUGCGUCAAUUCAUUGUCCUUACAAGUGUCAACAUUUCUGAAAUGAACUAUCACCUGCAGAGCUUGAACGAUUACUAAAAUCCCAUUAACAGAUUAUUCUCUUAAUUUUUUUAGGCAUUUACAUAUAUAUCGAGUCCAGUUCUCCACGAAGUCCAGGUGAUACAGCUCGCCUCCUUGGUGGUCCCUUCAAUCCUGACCAGACUGUGUGUUUACAGUUUUUCUACCACAUGUCCGGGAAAGAUAUUGGUCACCUAGCUGUGUAUAAAGCAUCGGUCACUAAUAAAACACUAGGAUGGAUUAUAUGGAGGAAAGAUGGAGAAGUCAAUAUGUAUUGGCAUAAAGCUUUGGUAACUGUUCACGACGAAAACGAAUUUAUGGUACGAAGCCAAACACCGACAUUUUUUAUAUCAUUUUCAACUGUAAAGGAGAAAACCUAAACUAAACUAAUUUUAUUUAUACUGGAUAGCUCAAUGAGUUCUAUGCUAUUAUUCCUAGAGGUCCAGUAAGAAUCAUCUCUUAUUGAUCCAGCGUUAUAUUACCAAAGGAGGAAACCUAAAAUAAACUAACUUUAUUUAUACUAGAUAACUAUAUCAGUUCUAAACUGUUCUUCCUAUAGUGGUCCAGUAAGAGUCAUCUCUUAUUGAUCCAGUAUUAUCACAGGAAGAAACCGGUGAAAACCUUGAGUGUCUGUUGAAGAAACUGAAAAUCCGCUUGAGGUGGAAGGUGUAUGCAUUAUUUACUCUGUUGAUGGUAAAAAAAUGUUCAUAUUUUCGUGCAGAUAAUUCUGGAGGCUGGUGUAGGGUCAGGCCCACUUGGAGAUGUUGCUGUCGAUGACAUUCAAGUCGUGAGAGGACCUUGUUUAGACGAGGAUAACGAUGGUUGGUUAAAUUUACGAGUUUAUUGCUAGGCUUAUAGUAAGCCGUAAGCGUUAUACUUACUGUAAGCGUUACAGGGCAUCAGAUGGUGGUCAAUUUCAGAAAUGCUCUCAAUUCUAUUUAUUUGCUACCAAUUACAAGACUACUACGGUUCAUAUAAUGAAAAGAUUACAUUGAUAUCGAAGGAACUAGAUUCGGUUCCGAAAUAUCACAUACUCGAACCGACCUGACCGUGUAGCUCAGUUGGCAGAGCAUUGGCCUAGUAUUCCAAAGGUCGUAGGUUCGAAUCCCACCGUGGUCAGGCAUAUUUUUCAAGCUUGCCCGGUGUGGAAUACACUCAGCGUAACAACACUAACACAGAAAGAUUCAAGAUUAACAUUAUGUUCUCGUUCCGAUAACUGCAGGUUCACCACCAUCUGCUGCACAACAGUGCUUAGUGAAUCACAGUUAUAUAUAUGGAUUUAACAAGCCUAAACUGUUAUUAUUUAGAGGAUAUAUGGACUUGUUCUUUUGAUGAGCCAUGUUCUUGGAAAGGGGUGGAAUCAUGGAAGAAACAUUUUCAUAAUGUUGAUAGCUCAUCAUUUUUUGAAGGUAAAACUUACAUGACACUAUUUGAACCUCAAUAAAAAGAACAGUUUAGACUGAACUGAUAGAGCUAUACAGUAUAAACUAAAAAAUACAUGCAUGCAUGCAGAAGCCCUUCGCCUUGCUGACAAAACCAUUGUAUUUUCCGAACAUGAAGUAUCCAAAGUUGUUGUCAUGGUAACACGAUAAUUUUUUAAGAAUAUUCUUACAAAUGAAAAAUCGCCUAAAAAUAUCACUUUUAAUUACAAAAUUAUCAAUUUCCUAACAUAUAUAUGUUAGGUAUGUUAUUAUACGUAAUAUAAGCUUCAAUUUAAGGUAAAAUUCAACCACAAAAGCUUCGCAAAACGUUUUAUUAUUAAAACUGCCUCUCGAACUGCCUUUAAUUAUUAAAAUGGCUUUAUCGAUAAACUUUGAGUUUGCAAUAAAAUGAUUUCAAAUCGUUAUAAUGCAAACUACAGUCGUUAUAUAAUGCAAACUUUAAAUUGGACCAAUCAGUGUCCGCUAUUCAUGACAGUCCGCCAUAUUUUUGAGAUCAGUGAGGAUGACCACCCACCAAACCACCGAACCACUCACGGUAACCCACGCCCGCGCUCAUUGAUGAACUUUAGACUUGGCUAAUGCUUUCGUUUCCCCGGGUGUAAAUAGCCGGGGGGGAAUUAGUACCCUCGCACGGCGCUUCGCACCGUCGGCUCGGGGAUAAAAGCGAGCUUAAGCAUGUAGGACGGCAACGCGGCGACGACGGCCAAAAAAAAUUCCUUCAAAUAAAUUAUAGUAAAGAAAACUUGUCGUAUAUUCUAAUUCGUAUGUGUUUAACACAGUAUAGGAAGAUUAAAACAUUGGUUUUAUGCUCGGGAAGAGUUCUAAUUAACCGAAUUUGAAGUGCACUUAUUACGGCUUGAAAUGCAGGCGUUGCAUAAAAGACGUGAAAGUCUGUGAUUUGCCGUUGUAAACAGAGCGACGACUACGUCGGAAACUCCCCUGGGACUUUAAUUAUUUAUUUCUUUUCAUUGAUUGACUCAUUGUAUUGGUUGCCGUCGCCGUCGUGUUGCCGUCCUACAUGCUUAAGCUCCCUAAAGUUAGUUACAAGACAGCGCAGCUCUAUAGUUUAUGAAUGUCUUCUUUUAUUUCCCUAGGCUCAUUUAUUUAUACCGAAGCACCAUUCUCGCUUACAAAAACAGUUUCUAAUCGAACAACUAUUGCUUAUCAAUGUCUGUCAUUCUGGCAUCGACAUACAAACCAUUUCUGUGUUAAUACAACAAUCAGUGUCAGUCAACAGUCUGCCAAUUACGAAUGGUCUAUUCCAGUUAUCAACACACAGCGAAAUAACCAGGAUUGGCGAUUUACCGAAAUACCGUUACAACAGACAUCCCAGGAAUAUGCUGUAAGUAAACAAAACUAACUUUAUUUAUAAUGGAUAACUCUUUCAGUUCUAAACUUUUUCCCUAGAGGUUCGGGAAGAGUCCAAUACUACAACAGGAGGAAAUCUACAAAAUAUUUAUACUAGAUAACUCUAUAAGUUCUGUGCUCUUCUUCCAAGAGGUCCAUGAUCGAGUAAGAGCUUGUCCUAAUUUCUCCAGUUCUGCUACCGGAAGAAACAGCAGUAGCCGCCAGGCCCGUAGCUGGGGGAGGGCCUGGGGGGGCAUUGCCCCCACCCCACUCGGGGGGGCAGUGUCCCCCAGUGCCUCCCCCCCACUCCGAAAUUUGGUAUUAAAAAUUGAGAUAAAGGACCCAGAAACAAAUUGUAAUCAUGGGACAAAUUCUGUAAAUUUUGUGGUUAAUUUUGUGAUGUUUCGAAAAAUUUUGUUGGGUUUCGGAAAAAUUUGGUGUGUCCGGAAAAAAUUGGUAUGUCCGGAAAAAAUUUUUGACCCCUAAAAUGGUACACUGACCGAAAUUUUUUUGGCGACGGGGGGGGGGAGGUCGACAAAGUAAAUUCCGGAAAAAAUUUUUUCUCAUCUCAAACCCUCUGUUACAUUCUUUCUGCAGUGCCCCCCCCCAGAAAUUGAGAGCCAGCUACGGGCUUGGUAGCCGGAUAAAACUUGUGGUGUUUGAUAGAGUAAAAUUGGAAGCAUUCUUCUCACAUGUGACUGAGGUGAAAUUGUAAUCAGACAACUGUAUAUUGCAGGAAUUGAAGCCCUGAGACGAAGGAACACGCUUUGUGCCACUAAUGGUCCAGAUGUUGCUAUAAUCUUUCUUAUGUUUUUGUGUUAAAGCUAUCAUUCAAAGCUAUUGUUAACGAAGGGUCUGCAAGCUGCGUGGUUGCUAUAGACGAACUUAAUCUUACGCCUAAACCUUGCACAAGCAUUAAAGAAGGUAUUUAAAACAAUUGAAAACAACAUAUAACAAUCUUGUUUCUAAAACUUUCACCUUUGUUGUUCAUAACUUAUUAUUUAUUUUUAUUUCUCAAGGAUAUGUACAAAAGGUUAAUUUAAUUAAAUUUGCAACGUUUCGGACAUUUUAAAUGUCCGUCUUCAGGCGACAAUUGUUGACAGGCGACAUUGACAACAAUUGUCGCCUGAAGACGGACAUUUAAAAUGCCCGAAACGUUGCAAAUUUAAUUAAAUUAACCUUUGGUAUAUAUCCUUGAGAAAUAAAAAUAAGUAAUAAGUUAAAAACAUAUAACAAUCCUAAAGUUUUAAUACAUUAAUAUUGCCCUGCUGAAAGGCCAAAACGGUGAACGACAUUCAAAGAAAUUUUGCUAGAAACACAAUUCUGCCACAUCAAAGGAAUUUUUCCCUUAUUCUGAUUUGAAACAUUGACAUGAAUCCUAUAAUAUUUUUGAAUCUGAAAAUGAUUAUUUAUUUUGUAUUUUAGGUAGGUCAGUUUUGGCUCGUAUUGACUCGAAGUUCUACCAUGGCAUUCAAACAAAAUACACAGAAGAUAUUGUUGCAGUUUUCUUUAAAGAACCAUCGCCACGAUUUCAUCAGCUUUACGACAAACAAGACAUCAACCAAAUAAUUGAGAAUGCACCUGUGAAGAUUUCUCAGUUAAGUCUAGGUGUACGAGUCCUUGUUGAGUCCAAGCCGGGCUUUGUUGUCCUCGGAACAGUAAUGGGAGAGCAUUUGAAUGAAAAUAACAGAAGCGUCAAUAAUAACAAUAAUAACAGCAACAAUAACAAUAACAACAGCAACACCAUCGCUGUCAACAACAACCACAAUAAUGACAGAUGGCUUGUGAAUUUGUCGGUACGUUUGGACGAAAAUGGGCAUGAUGUUUCGGUGCCAAAUAAUACGAUUUGGUUAUUACCAGUUCAAAUCGAAGAUAAAGGUGACAUAAAUAUUUACUGAUUUUAGGAUGGGAAAUUCUUUUAAGCAUAUUGAAUGGGAAUUUGGUGGCACAGUAUAGCGUAAAAGUGCAUGCCUCUUUCACCACUGUAACUGGGUUUAAUUCUGUAAUAUGCAAUUGUUUGAUUAUAAUUUUACCUCAGUUGACUCAGUCACGUUCGAGAAAAUUGCUUCGAGUUUGACUCUAAUUUACUAAACGUCGCAACUUUUUGUCGGUACUCAGGUUUUCUCCCGAAAUUACAUUGGAUCAAUUUAGAACUGAUAGAUCUAUGCAAUAUAGACAAAGUUCAGAUUAAGUUUCCUCCUGUAGUAAGACUGAAUCAAUAAGAAAUGAACCUUACUGAUCCUCUAGAAAGGACAAUUCAGAACUGGAGAGCUAUAUCCAGUAUAAAUAAAGAACAUAGGGGAGAUUUAACUCAACUGACAUCAAUGUUCUACAAAAGUAAGAUGUUUUAUUGUUUUAUUCAGGUCCAAUUUGGAGGAAUCCAGUAAAGGAUUGCGAAGGAGGAACCACAUUCAAUAACUCUUGUUAUAAAAUAGUCAAAAAACGAUCAAACUGGUUUGAUGCUAUUGACCAAUGCAAAUCUCUCGGUGGAAGCUUGGUUACCAUAAAUAGUCUGCAAGAAGCAAAGUUUAUAACUGCAAAUUUCACAAACAUGUCACUAAUUUGGCUUGGUGACAUUGGCCAGUUUUCUUACGGGUCUAUGGCUUGGACUAAUGAGAGCCAUGGUAAUGUUUCUCGUAAUGAAACAUUUGAAAAGAAUGGCUACAUGUAUGCUAAUCUCUCGCUUAAUGCAACUUAUGGUAACACUACCCUAAAAGGGACUUUGAAACAUGAAACAUCGCAAUUGAUGACACGUCAGGAAGAAUCAUUUUUGUGUCCUGUUUUCAGCAAGGAAUAUAUACUGGGAGUGAACUGCAGUUAUCUUUUGUUUACUAUAUGUGAAAUACCAGGUGAGAUACUGGACGGAGAGGGAGGGGGGAAGGGAGGGAAGGAAAGGAAGGGUGGAUGGAAAGGGUGGAAGGGGCGUGGGAGGAGAAUUAAAUGGAAGGAGAGGAGUAGGUAGAGAGGGAG